AUGCAUAUCUAUGUCUCUUGUGGGGUGUGGAAAUUUGAUCCCUGUAAAGGAUGGGGAUUUGCUUUUGAUAAGGAAAAAGGAGGAAGAGUACUUGCUGUGGAAUUGACAAGUUCCUUUGAAGAUCUAAGGACUACGGCUUUUGAGGAUUUUGGAAUUGACCAAAACGAUGUUGAGUUUGAGUUAAGCUACUUACCUAUGGAGUUAAUCAAUACGAUAGACUGUCCUCCAGUUAUCAUUGAGAAUGAUCGGCAAGUCAAGAAUUUUCUUACAUAUGUACGUGGAAAAGCUUCUUCAAGAUUGUGUGUGUCUAUUUCACCUGUCAAUGCAAACAACGACAACAUUGAGUUUGAUAAGGAGCAAUCUAACGUGUCUGGCAGAGAGCGAGAUGAGCCUUCCUCGUUUUCACCUGGAGAUGGCAUUGGUAGUUCUUCUGAAUUGAGCAAGGAUGGUGAAGACGAAUGUAACUCGAACGCCUCGGAAGAAGAUGAAGAUGCUGACUUAAGUGUAAAAGAAGAGGAUAGGGGGAAAAGUGUCCGGUUCUCUUUGAAGGAUGUUGUGAAGAGGGGUGAAACGUUUCAAAACAAAUCUAAGUUGAAAGCAGCAUUGGAAAUGUCAGCAAUGAAGAAUAACUUCGAUUACAAAGUUGUGAAUUCAGAUAGAAAACUUUGGUACAUCCGAUGCGUGGACAACAAGUGUAGGUGGAGUGUUCGUGUUGAAGGGUUAUCAGGAUCCACAUAUUUCAUCAUCAAAAAAUAUGUGGCGGAUCAUACAUGUGCUGCGUCAAGUAUGAAUAAUGGUGGUCGAACAGCUUCUGCAAAAACUAUUGGGAGUCUAAUAAUGCAUAGGUAUCAUGGUGUCAAAGAAGGUCCCAAAGCUAAUGAUAUCAUACAGAUUAUGAGAAUGGAACAUGGAUGCGAGAUAUCUAAAUCAUUAGCGUGGGACGCUCGUGAGUAUGCGAUUAGUCUGGUUAGAGGCAUUCCCGAGCAGAGUUUUGGAAAAAUUCCGAAAUACUUGCACAUGCUGAAAGAAGCUAAUCCAGGAACACACACCUUUUACGAAACCGAUGUUGAUGGUAAAUUCAGAUUUCUCUUUGUUUCGUUUGGGCAAUCAGUACAAGGUUUUCAUACAUCCAUGCAAAAAGUUUUUGUUGUUGAUGGGACAUUUUUGAAGAGCAAAUACAAAGGAGUAUUACUUGUUGCGACGGCUUUAGAUGGAAACUCCAACUUGUAUCCUAUUGCAUUUACGGUUGUGGACUCAGAAAAUGAUCGUUCAUGGGAUUGGUUUUUCAGACAACUAAAGGUCUAUUUCAUGUACACGACUUCCAAUUGGAGAACAGCUUAUGAAGAAACUAUCAAUCCAAUAGGUGUUCCUGAGGAUAGUUGGGUGGUUCCAUAUACUGUUCGGAAUGCCAGUGUGCUAGCUCCUGAAUCAAGAAGAGGAGCAAGAAGGAGAAGAAAAUGCAGGUAUGAGACUGUUGAAGACAAGCUCCAUUCAUCGCAAGGAGCUCAAAAAAAAAAAUGGCGCAGGUGCAGUCGAUGUGGCGAAGAGAAUCAUAACAGGGCUACGUGUGACAGAGCUAUUUAG